CUCAAAAUGGUCUCACCCCUGCUGUUUGCAGGCCGAGUUUGGGAGUCGGCAUCGGCAUGUUGCUGUCUGCUGAGGGAAUCAAGCCUUGUUGACUUCAAGCCAGACCCUGAGGCUACCGUCAAGGAGGCUCACCGCCAGAAAUCUGCCUUGUGUUCCGUUUUCGGCAACGGAUUAGAUGCAAGUGCAUCGCAGCAAUCACACGUGGGUUCGUUGUCUUGUUGGUAAAUUGAGUCACUUCUUCCCAGCCGCGAGCAC